AUGAAUACUAUUCAACAAGAAAUUCCUAUCAUUUAUCUUUCAACACAAAAGUUACAUCAAUAUUCUUCACAAAGAAUUUCUACAAUUUCAUCAUUUGACAUGCGACAAGAUGCUUUAACAAAUAAUACAACAAUGAUAACAUUAUAUAGUACACAAUUAUAUCCUAUAUCACCAACACACAAUGAUAAUCAUUCGUCUUCAAAUUUAUCAGACAAUAAACAUCGACGAUCAAAAUCAUAUGAAGAUGAUUUACACAUCAAUAAACGAACAAAAGGUGAUUCAUUUGUUGAAGAAACACAAUUAAAUAUAUUAAACCUUGAAAAAACAUCAUUAUUAUCUGAGCGAUUCAUCACAAUGGCAACAAAUAAUAAAUCAUUAAUUUGUACAAAUAAUCAAAUUAAACAAAGAGUAAGUUGA